ACAGGGUCAACAACAGACUAGGGCUGGGUGGGGUUUUAUGGUAACGCUGCUCAAAGUUUUUCAGGUGAAAAUGAAGAAUAUCUUAGCUUCCCUCGUUGUUUCUUCGCUUCUCUCUGUGGCUUCCAGUAUCUGGUGCUAUCGAUGUGUUGGGUCCCACCCAGGAUGUGGAUUGUAUGACUUUGACUGGCGCUACUAUUGGAGCUAUAGCUGCCCAGACCCUAAUGACAAAUGUGUAAAAGUCAUAGAAAGGAAAGGAGUGGACGUCAUGGUGACCCGUGACUGUCUGAGCUACCUGGAGGGUCACCGUCGAGAUAUCCCAGCUGACCGAUAUGAAGGGUGUCGUUCCUCUGCCAAAGAUCCCAUGAUUGGACAGUACAUUUUCCCUUCCAUACCUGAGAUUGACCAUAGGAGAGAUCAUUACACCAACGUCACCUUCUGCUUUUGUGACUUUGACGAGAGAUGUAACAGUGCCUCAAGCUUGACGAUCAGUGUUUUACUGCUGAUUGGUUUGGCUUUCACACAUUUCACUAUUUUGGGAUAGUACUCGUGCACAGUCGCAAGACAAUGAUGGUGACGAAGUGGUUUAUACACCAUGAAUAGAGGAGUGGUGUGUGUGCAUCUCGUGUAUACAGUACUUCCAAACAGAUAGGAGUUGGUAAGAACAGCCGAAUUUUAAAUCAUGGUGUUAAAUGAAUAGUACUGAUUAUUCUUGUUAAUUAGUAAUGUAUAAUAAUUAUUACAUUUUAUAGUUGAUCUUGAUUUAAUUGUGUAUUUUUUUUUAUAUAUACUGUACCAGAUUUCAAUAUAUACCAAGGUUUUGUAUAAAUGUUACAAUUACCUUUUCAAAUUAAAAUCAAUCUUUGCAUAUUUUUAUGUAUUUGGGGACCAGGGCAGUGAAAAUGUCUGUCCAUUUAUUACCUUUGAUUUGUCCAUUGUUUUGAUGGAUAAAUAUAUGCUGGAUUUCAGUGUCCACAAAGUAGGUUUGUAUAUUUGUUACAAUUAGCUUUUUAAAUGAAACUCAAGCUUUGCAUGUUUUUACUUGGGGACCGUGGCAGCGAAAGUAUCCGUCCAUUUAUUGCCUUUUUAUCCUUGGAUUGUUUGAUGGAAAAAUAUGUGCUGGAUUUCAAUAUAAAUAAAAAAGGGGUUUGUAUAUUUGUUACAAUUACCUUUUUAAAUGAAGAUCAAGCUUUACAUAUUUUUACUUACUUGACGACAAUGGCAGUGAAAAUAUCCGUCCAUUUGUUGCCUUUUAUCCGUCCAUUGUUUGAGAUAAGAAAGUGGCAGCUGUAUUUUUUCUAAUUCAUGUCAUUGGCUACUUUCUUCAUUUGAAACUGGUGCCCUUGUCAAUCCUCUCUGAAGAGGAUUGACAACUAGCCGAAUACGAAACAUUACCUGAAGUCUUGUGCAAAGCUCAAAGUUUCUCUUGUGAAAAUAAAUAUUGACCAGUGUUUGGUGUGUCUCGCCCUACAAGUUGCUUGCCAUAAUUUGCUGGAAAGAAACCGAGAGGAGAAGAUUAAUAUAGUAGGUGGUAAGAUAGUCAACACAAUAUUUGAGUAAUAUACUAAGAGAAUCCAAAGGCAUAAUACUUAAAAUAUUAAUUAUUAACAUAAAAACAAUAAUAAUAGAAACUGCAGAAAGCCUGUUGACUUAUAUGAGGAAUCUCCUCUUCCUAUCCACUCAAACUCAGGCUACUAGUUGGAGGCUUAGAGCAAUGUUUGUACCAUGUAUGUAUUAAGAUAACAAAUGUCUUAUGCAUAUUAUUACAGUAAAGGUACUGUUAAGUUGCCAAGUUUACUUCAAAUCUUUCAAUAAAAUGUGCAUUAUUAUCAUAAGCUGUAGUGAAGUGAAACAUAGUAUGAUUUGUUUACUAUAUUUUGUACUUUAUCAUACUUUUGUGAAUUGAUCAAAUAUUGCCAAAUACCAUUUUACUAGUGACAAAGUUGUUUAAUAAAAAAGGAGCCUGGGCCUGGACUCAUUAAGCAGUUACACAAAUACUGUACUUGUAAACUUGUUCAUCUUUUCUGUCUUUGGAGGCUUUGUUUAUGUUUAUUAAACAGCUUAUGAGCUCCGAAGCACUAGGAGGCUGUUGAUAACAAUAACAACAUUGGCAAAAUCUGUAGGAGCCGUGAUGAGGGUUCAAACCCAUGCGGUGGGUGUUCAGAUGCACACCCCCUAGUCAUCUAGGGCAUGACUAAUCAUGUUAGUGUUAUUACUCUGUGUAAUAAUUACAUUGAUUUAGACAUUUCAAUCUCAUAAACUGUUAAGAAAUGUAAACAAAGCUGCCAAAGAUUGAGAACGUAUAUGUUUGUAAGUAGAUGUGUAAAUGCAUGUUGAAUCCUGGCCCUAGACAGUAUUAUCUUGAGCUCUUGUCCUAUAAAGCACAAUAGGUACAAAGCAAAUAGGUAUAAAACACAAUAACAUGGCUAAAAAAAAUGUUGACCAAACUAUACACUAGAAAUUGAAGAGAUGACAACGUUUCGGUCCAUCCUGGACCAUUAUCUUGCUAAGAGGUCCAGGUGGACAAUCGGCUUGAUAUUGGUCAGGAUGGACCGAACACAGUCGUCGUUUUCAAUUUGUAGUGUGUGGUUUUGUCAACAUAGGUACAGGUAUUGCAUAGCUCUUUAGUAACGAUGUGAUUAAAUAAUAAGCAGCAGCAUCAAUAAUAGUAAAAUUUGAUCAUCCUUGAAAGUUGCACCAGUUACUAAAUACCGUAUAAAAAGUAAUUUUGUGCAGCCAUAACAGUAUCAAAUUCUUUAUUAGGAAUAUUUUGUAUCACCUUGGUAUGACUGUAUGGUAUACAGUAAUACAGACUGUGCUUUAAAAAUUGACCUGUCUCGAUAUAACAAGUUCCUUAGGUGAUACUGUGGUGUAGUGCGUAAUGUAUUCACAAAUAUAAGACAAGCUCAGUUUGUGUGCCAAUUACUGUAAUGCAGCUUGCACAGAAUGGGGAUCGUGUAAUUAGUCUAGACUCUUGAGAAGAAAGUUACCGUAAUAAACAACUAAGCAUUGGGUAUAAGGUGAAUGGUUAAGUGAAGCCCAUUCUGAUAAAUACCCGGUAUUGGACAUACAUUAGUAUAGAAUCUCUCAACUCCUAUGUAAUAUUUUUCAGGUUUAUUAUAAUUCUAUCUCUUAAUCUUUGAUUAAUCUUUUAAUACUUCAAUCAUCUGAGAAUUAAAGUGUAAAUGAUUUCUACUUAGUGGCUUAAAUUAAUGGUCCAUACAAUAUAUUGCCACUGGGAGCCAAGUCAGCUGAAUAAAGGUAAUGUGGUACCACUUCAAAAUGCAAAUAUUCAAUGUUAAACCUAUUUGAUGAUGAUCAAAGAGCAGUGCUGCUUGUACAGCAAGCAUACUCAGAAACUAUUCUAAUUGAAUCUUAGUUUUGUGAUGAAAGAAGUGCAUUGAAUGAUCAAGUUAUAAUGACAAAUGGUUUGAUUAAUCUAGGUUUCAAAUGCAAAUUUUGUAUUCAAUUUUUACUGCGUUCAUUUGUAUCUUGUAAAGUAUUCUCAUUUAUUCACAAGGCAAUAUUAUUUUAUGGUUUGAGAUUCAUUUGUUUGAUGAUGCAGUUAGUAUUUUUUAGAUUAGACGACAUGACUACAUUAUCCUGUGGUGUCUUUAUUACUUGACCAAGAAUUACUUAAGAAUAAUUUGACUAUUUUGUAGAGGCCUUUAAGUAAAAGAUAACAUUUUAUUGAUUAUUAAAGUUUGUGGUAAAUGCAUGUUUUCUCCACCACACUCUGUAUAUAUACAGGCAUUUAUACCAUAUUCGCAGAUGUCGUAUCCAAAUAUUACACAUUUUUACUUACUUGGGGACCACGGCAGUUAAAAUAUCCGUCCAUUUGUUGCUUUUUAUCCGUCCAUUUUUUGAGAUAAGACAGUGGUAGCUGUACUUUUUCUAAUUUGUCAUUGGCUAAUUAUUUUGUACUUAAUAUACACAGGCCAUAGGCUUUACAGUGCAAUACCCUAAUCACAGAAUUGUUAUUUGCAUUGUGUGAAAAACAACUGCUGGGCGUGCAAAGUUUCUUAAAAAACUCUCAGAGUCCAUGGAUUCCAUUCCAUUUCAGUACUGUAGCUCACUAGUAACACUUCUUUCUCCUCCUACAACCAUGCCAUUAGGGGUUAGUAAAAGCAUUCAGAAAACCGAGUUAUCAUUUCCUCAUCUUGUGUGGAUAUGGUAUAAAUGCCAAAACUAGUAUAUAGUUUUUACUUUGUAAAUAUUAAUACUGUACAAUCAACUAGAUUUUUAUGUGCCAGUGUUUUAACUACUAUUCUUUGAAUUUAUUUAGGCCUUUGAUUUUAUGUGUUAAAAUUGUUUCAGGGUUUGUAGAGAGUUAUCAUGGUUCUAGAGAUUCUUUGUAAAUUGAGUGAUGAAAUAGCAUAAUUCAGCUAAAAUUAUGGAAUAAGUAUUAACAAGUACCUACACAAUGAAAUUCAUAUCUAAAACUCAAUAUUUUUCUAUCUUGUUAGAAUAAAUGUAUUAAACAUA